UAAAGCAUGGGUUUUGAACAAGAUUUACAUAGGGAAUUUGCAAGUUCAAAGACAGGCCUGGUCCCUCACCGCUCUGUUCUCUCUUUCUCCAUCCUCCUCCCCCCAAUCUCUAUCUUCACAGGCCUCGGAUCUUAGUCCAAGAACAGCAGAAAAUGAUUGAGUACCAGCAGAGACCUGUGUCAUUCAAGGAUGUGGUAGUGGGCUUCACUCAAGAGGAGUGGCACAGGCUGAAUCCUGCUCAGAGGGCCCUGUACCGGGAUGUGAUGCUGGAGACCUACAGCAACCUCGUCUCAGUGGGUUAUGAAGGCACCAAACCAUAUGUGAUCCGGAGGCUGGAGCAGGAAGAAGCACCGUGGAUUUGUGAGGCGGCAUGCUCAGGCUGCCACUGUCGGGAAAACAUCUGGCAAGUUAAUGUCCAGAGGAAAAGACGGCAGGACAUGCUUUUGAGGCAAGGUACAUUCAUCAGCAAGAAAAAACUGCCCAAGGAAAGAAGCCAUGACUGUAAUAAGUUUGGGAAAAUAUCACUCCAGAGCACUGAUCUUCCUUCAAUUCAAAACUCCAAUAACUGGGACCCUUGUGGAAAGAGUGUGAACCAUAAUCUAGACUUGAUUGAUUUUAAGAGAAACUAUUCAAAAAAGCAAGAAGAGUGCUAUAGAUAUGGAAAAUUGUUACAGCAUACAAACCGUGAUCGAAGACCUAAUGGAGAAAGACUCUGGGAAUGCAGUCACUGUGAGAAAGCUUUCAACCAUAACCCAGCACAGUAUAAACCAACAGUAACCAAUUCUCUUGAGUACAAACGUAAGAGGGUUCCACCUACAGAGAAACCCCACAUCUGUAGCGAGUGUGGGAAAGCCUUCUGCUACAGGUCUGAAUUCAUUAGGCAUCAGAGAAGUCACACUGGGGAGAAGCCAUAUGGAUGCCCUGACUGUGGGAAAGCCUUUUCACAUAAGUCGACCCUCAUUAAACACCAGAGAAUUCACACUGGGAUAAGACCCUUUGAAUGUUUUUUUUGUGGGAAAGCCUUCACCCAGAAGUCACAUCGCAGAGAGCAUCAGCGAACACAUACAGGAGAGAGACCCUUUGUGUGCAGUGAAUGUGGGAAGUCAUUUGGUGAGAAGUCAUACCUCAAUGUACAUCUAAAAAUACACACAGGAGAAAGACCCUAUCGUUGCAGAGAAUGUGGAAAAUCCUUCAGCCAAAAGUCAUGCCUCAAUAAACAUUGGAGAACUCAUACGGGAGAAAAACCGUACGGAUGCAAUGAAUGUGGCAAAGCUUUCUAUCAGAAGCCAAACCUUAGUAGACAUCAGAAAAUUCAUGCUCGGAAGAAUGCCUAUAGGAAUGAAAACCUAAUAAUUGUGGGAAAGCCUUGAGCAAGAUACC